AUGGCCAAUGGUUUUGGAAGAGUCGAGCGCUUCUUCGCCAAGAAGAAGACGCCAGCUGCCUCCAUUGAUCCUGUUGAUCAAGCUUCUAUCCCUUCCAAGAUACCUCAGUUUCCUUCACCUUCAUUCAUUCGCCCCAAAGCUAGCCGCAUGGCUGCGCGAGAAGAAGGCGGGAAGCAACCCCGGAGUCGAGGUCCUUCUUUCCCAACUCCCCUCUCUCCUCAUCGAGUUGACUUGAACAGCACUCAAAGUCCCAUUCGCUCACCAAACUCCUAUCAAUUGGAGUACUGCCCCCUCCAGAACUCUUUCAUGUCCCCACGAGAAGAAUCGUUUACUGGCGAAUUCGAUGGCUACCACUUCCCUCGACCUCCGACCCGUAAUGGAGAUACUUCUGCCUCGUCUUCUACUCGCGAUCCGAAAUCAUCCAUGGAGGCCCCUAGUGAGCGCAGCCUUCCAAUGCGAUCCCCAAGAAAGCCCGUUCCCAAGGCUUUGCGACUUGAUACUCCUCCUUGCUCGGAUUUGGAAGACGAAGAUACUCGUCGACCUACUUACUUCCGUGAUAAGAAACUUCCGGCACUGCCUCAAACGAAACCCCCAACCCCGGAGUCAUCCCCCGAACUUCGCCCAGUGCAUAUUGCACAGUUGAAAGCAUCAAAAUCAAUCGACUUUCUCAACAAGUCUGUAUACAGUGACAUCCGUCGCCAGCUUGCCAGAACAGUCGGCGAACAGCGAUUACGAAGAACUUCAAGUCAAAUCAGUUUGGACUUUGCAACAAACAGACUAUCUGUUACUAGCUCCACCCUUCGAGAGCCCGACUUUAAUGAGUUUUUCAACCUGAGCGACGACGAUAUUGCCGAGUCGGCCCCAGAAGAUACUGUGGAUGUGGUUGCACCCUCACAUCCCUCCACAGCCCCUUCCACACCCGUUUCUACUCGCUCUUCUCUCUUAACGCUCACCCCUCCUUAUGGUAGCAAAGCUGCCACUGCUGCUGCUUUCGAAGCAGCUAGAAUCGCCAUCCGCUACAACUUUGACUUCGUCUAUGUGGUAAACCUAUGGACCGAUGACACUCAACCCCACUCCAGCAGCUCUACCACCAGCAAAAAAGUUGCACCGUUAUCUGGACGGCUGCUCGCUGCUUAUGGACUGGAAAACGUCAACCUUCCAUUUCAAAUCUCAACAACAGCCCAUAACAAGAUACUUAGCACACCAGGAUGGAUAGAGUAUCGAGCAAAACAAGUCCAGGGUGACGAGUUUGCUCGGGGUUAUGCUCACGCUUUCUACACCGACGAGUGUUCGCAAGAGGGACCAAUCAUCUCGAGAAACUCAGCAUCAUCAACACAGUCCAUGAGCACCGAACGUGGAAUCAUCUUCGCUGCGUAUCGAAAGCCCCGAGCUGAUGGAAGUCUGGUUGGAGUUUCCUCUGGUCCAGCCGAGCUUGUCAAUGUCCACAAGGAUGCAGAGGCGCUUGUGGAAAUGCUUGUUGAUAUCCAUGUAGCAAACCAGCUGCGCGAGCCUCAAUCAUGUUUCCACCAAGCUGAGGAGACUGGCCCAAUGCCAACACAAAGAAUUGGGCGUCUGUAA